GAUUAAGUGACAGAUAAUAAAAGGCAUAUAAUUUAUAAUAUAUUGAAUGGCCAUAUUAAUAAAAAACAUUUGGACUUUGUGCUACAAGCAAUUGUUUUCUUACAACAAUCAUGUUGUUGUUCGACUUUUUAAAAAAAUUUUUUGGGUGGGUAGAUGAAGCACCUAGGAAACGUAGAGCAGUUUCAUUUAGUUUGGAAAAAGAAUUUGUUACUCCAAAAAAACAUCGUUGUGAUUAUAAGACUAUUAACGUGGAGGAAGAACCUAUUGAAAUUAAAGAUGAUAGUGAUGAGGAUGAAGUUCAAGUUAUUACUAAACAUAAAUAUCCUUCCAUUAAGGCUUCUAGUAAAUUAAAUGGUACAUGUAAUAAUAGUAGAGAAAAAUCACUUACUUGUUGUUCUUCAUCUUUUUCAUCAUCAAAAUCUCAACCAUGUUAUGACAAAGUAAAUAUAGGAUGUUCUAGUAAUAAAAGUGGAAGAAUACAAAAUAUUGAAUCACAUCAACAAUGUUCAACAUUGAUUAAAACUCAUCGCUUAAGAGAAAAAAAUCAGUAUGAAGAAUUAUUACAAAAUUUUCUCCCACGUAGGAUACAUGUCAUAUGUGAUAAAAAUGAUGAUAAAAGAUCUACACAAGAACCAAUAGAAGUAAUAGAUUUAGAAAGAUCUAGUUCUUCAACUCCUUUUUCCAAAAUUCAGUCAGCUUCUAGAAAAAAUGAUAGAAUGUUACAAAUGCAUUGGAGUACUCCAAUUAAAGAAAAAAAAGAUACAGAAAUAAUUAAUUUAGAUAAUGAUGAAAAAGAAGAGCUAAUACAUUCCAUUCAUAAUAAAACAUUGUCUCAUAGAAAAAAUGUUAUUGAAAAAGAAAAAUUUUCACAAAAUAAAUAUACUGAAUGUAUAACUACAAACACAUUAAGAGAUCAAUUAGCAGCAAAAGCUGUAAUGAGGGAAGAUUUUAUUCCUCAAGUAGCAAAACGUUAUAAUGAACGUAUUGAACAACGUUAUAAAGAAGCGGAAAAACUUAAAAAAAUGACAUGUGUAUUAUCUAAACAUAAUCGUUUAGCAAGAGAAGCUGCUUUAGAAGAACAUUUAGCCCGUUCUAUGAGGUUAUGUGAAGCCGUUUUAGAAGAAAAAGAAGAUUUAGAAGAGUCAGAAUUGCCUACUUUAACAGAGGAAAUGCUGCAAGAAAUAAAAAAUGCUCUUAUCUCUAGGCCACCAGAUGAAGUCCUUGUUGAAGGAUUUGGCCUAAGAAUUACAAGAAAAGAUAUUCAUACAUUAGCUGACUUAAAUUGGUUAAAUGACGAAGUAAUAAAUUUUUAUAUGAAUUUACUAAUAGCCAGAAGUACCACUAAUGACAAGUAUCCAAAAGUACAUGCUAUGAAUACAUUUUUUUAUCCAAAAUUAAUCUCAGGUGGACAUUCAUCACUAAAAAGAUGGACUAGAAAAAUUGAUAUUUUUGCACAAGAUCUUAUAGUUGUUCCUAUACAUUUAGGUAUUCAUUGGUGUAUGUCAAUAAUUGACUUUAGAGAUAAGUCUAUUCGUUAUUAUGACAGUAUGGGUGGCAACAAUUCAAAAUGUUUAUCAGCACUACGACAAUAUUUGGAAGAUGAAAGUUUGGACAAAAAGAAACAAAACUAUGAUACUAGUAACUGGAAGUUAGAGUGUGCCAAAAGUAUCCCACAACAAAUGAAUGGAAGUGAUUGUGGUGUUUUCUCUUGUAUGUUUGCUGAAUAUAUUUGUGCAAAUAAAAAAAUCACAUUUACACAGCAAGAUAUGCCAUAUUUUCGAAAUAAGAUGGUUUAUGAAAUAUUAAAGUCCAAGCUUUUAUAAAAUAAAUAUUAUUUAUUUAGAGAAUUAUUGACAAUGAAUAAUUUAAAUAAACUUUCAGCAACUUCCAAAAAUUACAAAAUAUUUUAGCAAAAGUUUAUUAUUGGAUAGAAUAUUCUGAAAAUAUAAUAUUUAUACUAAAAAGUAUAUUAUUCAUAUUAUUAUCAUAGUAUUAAAAGAAGUUAUACAGUAUGAUUUCUUUUAUAUUGUCAGAAGUAUAAUUUUGUUUAAAAAUGGAAUGUUGUUAAUUUUUUGCAAUGUAAAAAAGAACAGUACUUUGUAAACAAAAGUUAAAAAAAUGUCAUAAUAAAUAGUAUUUCCUCAUAAUAA